ACAGCAGCCCCCCACCCCUCGGGGACAAGAAAAGACAAGAGGGUCCCGCCGCAGCUCGUCGCCGGAAACGAGCCUUCAUGUAGUGGGUUGUUACGCGAACUCUCGGGCUGUUGCGGGAUCAUGCGCACAAUGACAGGUUGUGCGAUACACCGCUUUGAUGAUGGGGCUUUGGUCUGUCUCUGCUCUGCAAUUCUGUCGUAAAUGCAGUAAUAACCACUUACAAAAAAUCUUCUCGACGGAGGUACCCGAAGACAAAAUCUUCAGGAAAUGGAUGUGGGAUUCCUGUCUGUGACCCAGACACACGUGCUGACCAAAGAUGGGACAGUUUUACCUGCUGCGAUGCCCUUCGGCUCCACUGAGAUGACCCCAGGAGAAGUGAAAUGUGGAUGACAGUGUGAGCCAGGGGAAUUCAACAUUUGGGCCAAAAUAUCCUUCCACUGAGCCAAAACGAUUUUUGUUUUAGGUUACACGCACACGCACGCACGCACACGCACACACACUUCCAAUCAGCCGUCGCAAUGCAGAUGCCAGGACCACUGUGGGCUUGCCUGGCUCUGAUAUGUGUGGGAAGGUGCAGUGCCCACAGCCUGUUUACCUGCGAGCCCAUCAAAGUGCAUCGGUGCUUGGGGAUGCCCUACAACAGGACCUACUUUCCCAACAUGAUGGAGCACUACGACCAAGAUAUCGCAGCCGCUAAUAUGGAGCCGUUCAUGCCCCUGGCAAACCUGCGCUGCUCUCCAGACGUCCAUCACUUCCUGUGCCAAGCCUUUGUCCCAGAAUGCACCGAGGGGAACAUGGUGAUCCGUCCAUGCAGAGAGCAGUGCGAGGCCGUCCUGUCGGACUGCGAGGUUAACAUCCGGAUUUUUGGUGUCACCUGGCCUCCUGAGCUUCAGUGUGACCGAUUGGACCCAUGCAGUUCUCCCGGUGGUCCGAUGCUCCCCGCAACCACCCCAAUGAGCUCCUCAUCAGCGAAGCGGGACCUUGGCUUCUGGUGCCCUCUGCAGUUGAAGACCAAGCCGGGUUACGGUUCGUCUUUCUUGGGCGCCCAGGACUGUGCUCCGCCUUGCUCCAACAUGUACUUCAAACCCCACGACAUCGAAUUUGCCAAAAACUUCAUCGGCGUGUGCUCCAUCAUCUGCUUGGGCGCCACGCUCUUCACCUUCCUCACUUUCCUCAUCGACGUCAAGCGUUUCCGCUACCCGGAGCGCCCCAUAAUCUUCUACGCCGUCUGCUACAGCUUCGUGUCGCUCAUAUACUUCAUGGGUUUCCUGCUGGGGAACAAUGCGGCCUGCACCAAAGCGUCUCACCCCGCCGGUGUGGACACAGUGGUGCUGGGCUCUCAGAGUAAAGGCUGCACUCUGCUUUUUAUGCUGCUCUACUUCUUCUCCAUCGCCGGCAUCGUCUGGUGGGUCAUACUCACCAUCACCUGGUUCCUGGCAGCUGGACCCAAGUGGAGCUGUGAGGCCAUAGAAAAGAAAGCGGUGUGGUUCCACUCUGCUGCCUGGGGGAUCCCUGGGGCGCUAACCGUCAUGCUGCUGGCUCUGAACAAGGUCGAGGGGGACAACAUCAGCGGGGUUUGCUUUGUGGGGCUCUAUGACCUGGACGCCCUGCGCUACUUCGUCCUGGCCCCUCUGUGCGUGGGCAUUGUCGUCGGCCUCUUCCUCAUCCUGGCGGGCAUCGUCUCUCUCAACCACGUGCGGCAGGUCAUCCAGCACGACGAGCGCAACCAGGAGAAGCUGAAGAAGUUCAUGAUCCGCAUCGGUGUGUUCAGCUGCCUCUACCUGGUCCCGCUGGUCACCCUGUUGGCCUGCUACACCUACGAGCAGAGUCACCGCAGCACCUGGGAGAAUACCUGGAUCAACGACCGCUGUCAGGAGUACAGCAUACCCUGCCCUUACAAGACAAACGAGCAGGACCGCCCUGACCUUUCCCUGUUUCUGGUGAAAUACUUAAUGACGCUGGUGGUCGGAAUAUCUGCCGUGUUCUGGGUCGGCAGUAAAAAGACCUGCUCUGAGUGGGCCUACUUCUUCAACAGGACCCGCAAGAGAGAUCCCAUCACUGAGAGCCGCCGGGUGCUGCAGGAGUCCUGCGAGUUCUUCCUCAAGCACAACAGUCGCGUCCAGCACAAGAAGAAGCACUACAAGCCGAGCUCCCACAAGCUCAAGGUCAUCUCCAAGUCCAUGGGCACGAGCACCGGCGCCGUGCCCACCAGCGUGUCCACCGCCAAUCAGGGGGCCUCUGCGCUGGGCAACCACGAGCCCCGCGCGCACGGUUCUCUGUCUGAGGCCUCGGCAAGGGAGCACCCGGACAGGGGCACCUCCAGUCGAAGCUCCAGGAGGGGGGAGAGGGAGAGGGAGAGGGAGAGGGAGAGGGAAGGUGGGGAGAGACGAAGCAAAGGGGGGAGCUCCUGUAAGGUCAGCAGCCGCUCCGAGAGCGUUCACAGAGUCGCAGAUGGGAGGAUGACACCGAGGAGCGAGCUGUCGGAGGUCCGGCACGGCCCCAGUGCACAGCAGCAUCCGGCUUUAAACCCAUCGCACGGCACCGUCCAGGACCCCACCCACCAGCUGGCUCACCGGGUGCCCAAGGAGAACAAGGACGCGAAGGACGGCACCUGCUGAGACAUCGGACCCCGUCCCCAAAUUUGACCGCGCGUCCAUCCUUGAAUCCACUCAGUCACGCGUGUUGUUAUGCGUCCGAGCACGAUUGUAUUGGUUAGGUUGUCGUCGAUGAAUGUUCGUUGUGCAAAAUGUCACACACCUCGAGUAUUUUAAAUGUGGUUUGCUUGGACCAGGUUGUGGGUUUCAGCAGAGGGCUCAAAGGGGGUCUUGAGCGGCGGCGUCUUUCAGCUUUACUGAGCUUUUUGUUCCCGAAAUGUUGCAGCAGCUCAGCUGUGAUCUACCUUACAACAACUACCAAUUAGAUGGCGUGCAUUGAAAAAAACUGUAGGUCUGUUUUGUAGAUUUGUAGCUGAAUGGCAUAGAACACUAGAAAAUACUUGCAAUAUUUAUGUAAAUGUUCUAUUUAAAACAUUUUCACUGGACUAGUCGCUACACUGAGAGUUGCGUUAAAGGUUGUGAUAUUGCCAAAACAGUCAACCGAAAGAAAAGUCUUAAAACAGUCUUAUUUUUUCCCUUUUAGAAGAAAAACCUCAUCUUGUAAUGCACGCAGUGUGCUCUUUAACUCUCCAUCGACAAAGGCGUACUCUUAAACUCGACUUUCAAAGACUGUACUUGUAGUUUCUAUCGCGCAACCACUAAUUGUGCAGACCGUGUCUUUAUUUUCUUUUUAAAGAAGUGUCCUGUGAAUAUGGAGAAAGUAUAGCUUUAUAGUUUUCUACAAGAAUGUGCCUUUUGAGUAGUUCCUCAUCUUCAAAGAAGCGACAGAUGGUGUGCGCGUGUGCGUGUUUGUGUGAAUGUGUUCAUAUGGUUUAGAAUCAAAUUGGAAGCCAAUCAAACAGGCUUUGCACUAUUUGUGAAAGAAACCAACCACUAAUGAGUAAUGAAUAGUUUUAAUCAAAGAAACAGGAAAAAAAAGAGAAAUUGGGCCUUUGUUCAAGGGUUAUUCAUAACAUGUGGUCACGGGCCAUAUAUUCUCCUUCAAGUGCUUCCAGAACACCUUCCGUGAUUCAUCCGUCAUGCUGUGAUGUCUGUUGUUUUGUUGUGUACGGGAUUGAUUCUUCCAUUGAGGUUCUGUGCCUUUUCAUAUUUGGGAGACAAUUCCAUUAACGCCAUUUAAAAGGGAGUCCUCCUCGUCAGUCCUUCCCUGUUGUCCCUGUAUGUGCACAGGGAUCCAUAGUCUAUGAAAUGCUCUAUACAACGUGUUUUUUGUACUUUUAUCUACCUUGUCAGCUGAUUUUUUUUUUGUAUCCAAUUUCAUUUUAAGAAAAUAUAAGAAAAUGUGAGCCAGUAACUGCUAUGUAUGCUUUUAUUAAACACCACAAACGAUCACAUGAAGUCAAUAUGUUGUACACUGGCACGCGUACGUGUAUCACAGGGAUGCUGUGAGACACGGUUUUCCCCUCGGAGGACGUCGACUGGCUCCGUCCCCCCUCGUCCUGCCCUCCUGGACUCGGAACGGUCUGGAGUCCAGAGUGUCACAUCUCUCCAGAGCGCAGCCGUCCGUUCCUCCACGAUGUCUCCGCUCAUUGCCCGCCUGCUGCUGCUGCUUGUCUGCUUGGCUUUACCUCUUUACGGCGUGGAAAAGGUGAGAAAUAGAGGAUACCGAAAGGAUCCUGACGCCGACAAGCUUGGCAGUUGCAUUCAGGGACCAGCGGGCACCGCUGGCAGGGAGGGGAACCCAGGAACCAACGGCAUCCCGGGGACGCCGGGCAUCCCUGGCCGCGACGGGCUCAAGGGCGAGAAAGGCGAGUGCGUCAACGAGGUCUUCGAGGAGCCCUGGAGGCCCAACUACAAGCAGUGCGCCUGGAACUCUCUGAAUUAUGGCAUCGACCUGGGUAAAAUAGCCGACUGUACGUUCACCAAGCUGCGUACCGACAGCGCCCUCAGAGUCCUCUUCAGUGGCUCCCUCAGGCUCAAGUGUAAGAACGCGUGCUGCCAGAGGUGGUACUUCACCUUCAAUGGGGCGGAGUGCACUGCGCCCCUGCCCAUCGAGUCCAUCAUCUACUUAGACCAGGGAAGUCCGGAGCUCAACUCCACCAUCAACAUCCACAGAACGUCCUCGGUCGAAGGGCUGUGCGAGGGUGUCAAAGCAGGGCUGGUGGAUGUGGCCGUGUGGGUGGGGACCUGCGCCGACUAUCCCAGAGGAGACGCAUCUACAGGGUGGAAUUCAGUAUCCAGGGUUAUCAUUGAGGAACUGCCCAAAUAAAAAAAUGUUUUAAAAAAAAGAAGAAAGUUCCAUGUAAGGGAAGGACCAGUCCUGGUCGUGUGGCAGUAUGUUAUUAUUCAGGUACGGUUUGCUGAGGCGUCACAGCAUCGCGGAUGGGAAGUUGAAGGAGUGUCAUUCUGCCUAGAAAUAACCUUUGUACUGUAGCUUCACUGCUUUUGGGUGCUGCUGUUGGUACACAGUAACCAUUUACCAGACAUUGUGACAAUACAUUGACGAUAUUUUUUAACUCUGUACUCAUGUGAAAUGUUUAUAUCAUUAUUACUGUUAAUAAAGUCACAUUUUUGGAGGGGUUGAAUUGAACCAAAAA